CACUUAUGAGAAGUGACUGCUGGGUAGGGCUUCUUCCUUAGCACCUUCAGCCAUGGGGUUGGGCUGUAGGUAUUUUGUGGGCUUAGUGCUGCUCUGGUCUGUGGGGAAUGCCCUUGGGCAGGGGGACUUCCGCAGGGUCAGUUUCUCUGUCUUGCAACAUGGAUAUGAGUAUGAUUGUGGAGACUAUGGGAUGCAGCUACUGGUCUUUCCCAGCCAGGGCCACACUGUCCGCUUCAAAGUUGUGGAUGAGUUUGGGACACCCUUUGAAGUUACCAACUGCUCCAUUUGUCUCCAUUGGGUCACAUCUGGCAAGCAAGGAGUGAUCUUCUCGGCUGGCUACAAUGGCUGCCAUGUUCAGAAAAAGGAUGGGCGUAACCAUCUACAGGUCCGAGUGGAGGAACUACUGAGCACCGGGGCCAUCGCUGCCACCCAUGAUGUGAACAUGACCUGCCCCAAGCCCACUGAACAUGACUUAACCCCAGAGGAGACCAUGCGCUACGUGCCGCAGCCGGGCCUGGUGCGCCCGGUGCCCCAGCCGCAGCCGGGCCUGGUGCGCCCGGUGCCCCAGCCGCAGCCGGGCCUGGUGCGCCCGGUGCCCCAGCCGCAGCCGGGCCUGGUGCGCCCGGUGCCCCAGCCGCAGCCGGGCCUGGUGCGCCCGGUGCCCCAGCCGCAGCCGGGCCUGGUGCGCCCGGUGCCCCAGCCGCAGCCGGGCCUGGUGCGCCCGGUGCCCCAGCCGCAGCCGGGCCUGGUGCGCCCGGUGCCCCACAUCUAUCCUCCACCAAGGAACAUUGGUGCCCAUCUCACACAGGAGCAGUGCCGCAUAGUGGCUGGGAAGAUCCCCUGUGCAGACACCCCAGGCCAAGCUGCUUGCAUCCAGGCUGGCUGCUGUUAUGAUGAGACUGAUCCUACUACCCCCUGCUACUAUGGCAACACAGUCACUGUUCAGUGCCUUGUGGAUGGUCACUUCAUUCUGGUGGUCUCCAGGGACAUGUCUGAUCACCCUAUCAUCCUGGACAGUGUCCAGCUAGCCUAUGCCCAAACAGGGUGUGAUCCCAUCAGAAUGACAGAGGCUUUUGUGAUCUUCCGCUUCCCUGUCAUGCACUGUGGCACCACUGUCCAGGUGAUUGGGGACAAACUGAUCUAUGAGAACCAGCUGAUCUCUGGCAUUGAUGUCCAGACUGGGCCAGAUGGCUCCAUCACCCGGGACAGCACCUUCAUCCUCCAUGCUCGCUGCAUCUACAAUGCCAGUGACUUCCUGCCAGUCCAGGUGGAGGUCGUCUUGCCCCCCACACCUGCUCCAGUCACCCAGGCAGGACCCCUCCGUCUUGAGCUGCGCAUUGCCACAGACCUGAGCUACAGAUUCUAUCUCACGGAGAGAGACUACCCAGUGGUGAAGGUACUCAGGGACCCUAUCUACGUGGAGGUUCGCAUCCUGCAGAGAACAGACCCAUCCCUGGUUCUGGUUCUGCACCAGUGUUGGGCUACCCCAAGCACUAACCCCCUGCAGCAGCCACAGUGGCCCAUCCUGGUGGACGGGUGCCCAUUCUUGGGAGACAACUACAGAACCCAGCUUGUGCCCAUAGGAUCUGAGCUGCCCUUCCCAACUCACCACCAGCGCUUUGUCCUCUCCACCUUUGCCUUUGUGGACUCAGCCUCCCAGAUAGCACUUGAUGGAGAGGUGUACCUCUUCUGUAGUGCCUCUGCCUGCCGUCCCUCCCGGCUGGAGCUCUGCAGGACCAUGUGCCUAUCAGGGGCUGCUAUAAGAGGCCGCCGGUUUCUGCAUAUUGGAAAUGGGACAAGAGAGCCCCAGGACCUAGUGAGUUCUCAUGGACCUGUGAUCUUCCAGGCAAGUCCUGGGCCACACACAGAGCAAGUCUAUGAGAACACAGACCCUGUCUCCAGACUGGACCUGACUCCUGUGCUUCUGGCUGUACUCUCUCUGGUGGCUCUGGCCUCCCUCAUUGUUGUGACCCUGCUCUGUAGAAGAAAGGGCUGGAUGACAAGAGCCCAAAGCCUCCGUAGUGGCUCGCUGUCAAACAAGGGUGGAAAAUAAAAACUGCUGAACUGCA